AUGCUCGACUCGUUCAACAUGGGCGUAGAGAAGCUCGUUAUCAGACCGGGCAAUGGUACAGACAUUCCCAAGAAACACGAUGAAGUCUCUAUGGAAUACACUGGAUGGUUAUUCGACGACGAUGCUCCAGACCACAAAGGUGGACAAUUCGAUACUUCUGUAGGUCGGGGUGACCUAAUCACUCCCAUCGGCGCAGGCCGAGUUAUCAAAGGAUGGGAUGAGGGAAUUCUGGGCUCCGCGGAAGCAUCACCUAUGACACUGGGAGAGAAGGCAACUCUAAUCAUAACACCUGAUUACGCAUACGGCCCUCGUGACGUCGAGCUUAAGGCCAUCAACGGAAAGAAAGCAUAG